AUGCCUUUUAGAAAGAAUAACUGGGUGCUCACGGCAUCUCUCUUUCUCGACAUUCCGGUCUCCCUCUCUCUCCACGACGUCUCUCUCUCUCACCACGAUGUGUCUCUCUCUCUCCCUCUCCACGAUGUGUCUCCCCCUCUCUCUCCACAGCCUCCUCCAUCUCUCUUUCCUGAAGCUGUGACUGACCUAGAAACAUGCAGCAUGCAAACAAACUGCAGGUCAUGCAUUACAUUUUCCCAGAACUGUUCUUGGUGUGACCAAAAUCCUUACAAUGAAUACCGAUGUGAUUUGAAAGAAAACCACCUUGCCAAUGGCUGUAAGAACAUUAAUAAUCCAAAGUAUCAACUUGAUUUUGUAAAGAAUGAAGAAACGGCAGAUGGAGGAGAAAGUGGAAAAGCUAUCCAGAUGAAACCGCAGGAAAUUCUUCUUCGUAUCCGGCCAUUGAACAGUAUUAAGAUGUUAACCGGAACCCUGCAUGUUGGAAUUGGUUCUUUUAUUGACAAGGUCCUUCUUCCUUACACUGAUACGUCUUUUCAAGGUAUCCAAAAUCCUUGCCGUUCAGCCAACCCCCCUUUCCAAUGUAUGAAGACUUAUAAUUUUAAGCAAAUUAUGAAGCUGACAAGUAGCAUUACUGAUUUCACUGACUAUCCUUCUGUUGGUCAUAUUGCACAGAUGUUACAAAAAAACAAAGUGACUGUGGUAUUUGCAGUGGCAGGGGAUACGAAGGUGACACUUUACAAGAAAUUAGCAGAAAGCCUUGAAGGAGCUUAUGUUAGUAAAUUAGACAGUAAACAAUACACAAUUGCUGAUAUUGUCAGAACAAGUUACAAGGUGAACUUUACUGCAGUCAUUACUGGUCCUGCCUGUUCUCAAGACCCUUCAGCUAACUUUAGACAAAUCACCAUUUCACCAGUCGGCCUUAAUGAAAAACUUCUCAUCAAAUUAGAGUUGAUAUGUGAAUGUCCCUGUGAAGAGCAAUCAAAAGUGGUACCAAAAAGUCCAUUGUGUAAUGGAAAUGGAACAUUGACUUGUGGCCUUUGUAUUUGUGAUCCUGGAUAUAGUGGCAAAACAUGUGAAUGUAGCACUCAAGAUGUGACAUCUAAACUCAGUGAAAAUUGCCGGCCUGACAACCAAAGUGCAGAAUGCAGUAACAACCAAAUGUGUCAAUCGAAUGCAGUCAAUUUGAAACGAACUUACAGUGGUGCUUACUGUGAAUGCGAUGAUUUUUCUUGCCCAAACUUUAACAAAAUGUUAUGUGGAGGUCCAACCCGUGGUGUUUGUAAAUGCGGAAAAUGCAUUUGCCACCCAGAAUACACAGGAACAAACUGUAACUGCCCAACGAGUUAUACAACUUGUCUGACCAAAAAUGGAUACCUCUCUGCCAAAUCGGAUUGCACCAAAGAGAUUGAUAUAAAGAUGCUCAUUGCUGGCAUUGUGGGAGGAAUCUUUUUCAUUGGAAUAUUAAUAUUGGUUAUUUGGAAACUUGUAGUCAGGUAUUAUGACAAACGGGAAAUGGCACGUUUUAAUGAAGAUAGAGAAAAAGCGAAAUGGACUCAGCAAUCAAAUCCUAUUUAUGAACCAGCAAGCACCACAUUCAAGAAUCCAACACAUGGUCUAGAGACGUAA